AUAAUCUACGAAUAAUCCAGGAUGUUGCGCGACUCCCUGGGCAUUUAGCCGCUUCAUACGCCUUACCACUGUCGCUUUCUGACCGAACGACCGACUUUCUGUCCUCGUCUGACUCGUUUCCUCUCACGAUCGACCAAUCAGCUUCGAUCUUUAAAGCUUUUCUUCCGUCGGAACCCGGAAUGCUCUCUGUCCGCAGCGUGAAAGCGCAGUGGAACGACCGCGAAUCGUGCAUGCGCGACGACCCUCUACGCAUGCGUUACCUGUCUGUCCUAUAUCUAUAAGGACAGCAACCCUCGUCGAGGCCGGUCAGUUCUCACCCGUAUUCGCUCGGGUUACGAUCGAUCUUCUCAUCCGUGACCUUGUUUUCGCCUAUUCUGUUGCGUCGCGCCGUGUCGUGCCGCGACGCGACGCACCUCAUGACUUUUACGUUCGCAGCGCGACGUCAAAAAGUUGAUUCGAACGGUUCGUGAUAUUUUUUCCAGCGUGAAGUGUUAUCGUUGACCGUGUUACCGGUCCUUUCCCUUCGCGUUUACGAGCAACAGUGUUUCGCUACGAGAGGCGGUGCGAUUACGCUUCCCGAAGAGUAUCUACGAGGAUAAAUGGUCCCGUUGAUGUUUCGAUCGUACCAACGAUUUCGUAGACGCGCGACGACGUGAACCAUACCGUGAACCAUCGUUGGCCUACGUUCCAUCGAGGGUGGUUACCGGUACCGAUUACGCGACGUACCCUGCGACCGUGGACCAUCCGGGUGCAGGGUCCAGCGAACGUCGUACAUCAAUAAUCGGAAUCGACGGUUCGCCGUUUCCACGAGGAUGAUUCUGUACGGAACGCCUUUACGAGCCUGCUACUCUUAAUGUCUCCAUCUUGAGCCGUGGUGCGCGCCACCGACGAGGAUUCGAUCUUGCGAGGUCAAAGCUAGGGGCCACGGAUCAACGAACGGGGUGGAGGUACGAUAAAAAUAAAGAAAAUGGGGGUGCCGGAUGUGGAACAGGCUAAGAGACGACUGCAGGAUAUACUGAGGAAAGCGCAGAAGCUCGAGAUACCGCCGCAAGAAGUGAUCUCGACGAGGACCGCCCAGAAACUUCUUGCCAGGACGAGGAACGUCCUGACAUGGACGAUCUGGAUCACCGUUUUUGUCCUGCUGCUCAGCGGGGUCGUCUAUACGCGUUGGCCAACGAGACAGGAAGUCGAGACCAUUAGAACUGUCCUCAGGCGAACGUGUACAGGAUCAGCGUCGGGGGACUUCUCGGAACGCGUGGCGGCUCUUUUACACUCUUCGUCCACUCAGGACGACUGCUAGUCCUCGCAGAGAUUUCUUCGAGCCGUUCGACUUUCCAACGAUCAACGAAUCGAUGGAAGAAGCUGAAUGAAAUCGCUGAGCGUCCCGAUAUUCGCGCGAAUCAUUCGCGAUAUUCGAGCCAAUUUCGAAGCUCUAGUAAUCUAUAGCAAUCCGUUAACCAUCGUAUCAAAAAUUGCGCGUUUUCACCGGUUUUACGGCGAUCGUUUGAGACUGCUUUUUUUCACGGGAAACUUAUACGUGUUCGUAUAAGUAGGAUGGGUUUAUCCUAAAGGAUAAGAAUCAUACAAUUCUGUUUAAUCGUCGAUACGAUUAAUGUCGCGAUGUUACGGCGCAAAUUUCCGGUCGACCAAUCUGUUUAUUUCACAUUUCGAAAGAAAAAGAAGAGGAACGAUAAGUGAAAUGAUCGUAAUAAACGCGUUCGUUUCGAAUGGACCAUCUUGCAAUUACUAUUCAAUAAAGAUAUUCGAAACGAAAAGAGGCAAAAGAAGAAGGAAGAAGGGUUACGUCCAGUAUUUAUCGAGGUCGCUUCGAGACCAAGGACAAAGAAGAGAAUAAUUUAUCCGUGGACGUAACUAAAAUACGAGAAACGGAAGUGGUCAGAAUAAUAAAAAUCGUUCUGUUUCCUGUCCCCCGUUUCUCAUGAAACAUUCAAGAAGUCGGACAAAAGCGCCUCGCGAGACGAUCAUCUCUCUCCUCGAUCGAUCGACGAAUACCGCUUCAACUCGAGAUCGAGCACGAGAGUACGGGACCGAGUAAAAGAAAAAUGGAAAGAAUACGAGAACAAGAAUAAUGAAAGAAGAAAAAGAGGAAGAGUAAGACGGGCGAUAGAGAGGGCGGAGGAGGAGAAGGAGGAGGAGGUGGAAGGGAAGAAAAUCUCGUGGAAGCGGUAGUUUUGGAGGGCAGCUAUUAUGCUUUCCAAGAUUUUUCGAAGGCCUCGGCAUUGUUUCGCGACGAGAAAGGGCCGUGCCUAGUAUCUUGAAACGAAACACGGACUACGCUCUAUGGAAGACAAAUGAACGUUCUUUUCCAGUGGCGUGGGCCAAGCGCCAAACCAGAAUAUCCACCCCUUUCGCGAGUCCUUUACCCUCCUUACCUGUUACCUCUCUUCUCCUUUCCUCCCUCUCUCUCUCGCUCUCUGCUCGUCUACCAACAACCUUGCUGCUUUCCGCUUUAUUGUACCUGCUACCACUCUCGUUUCCUUUCUUUUGUUUAAUUUUGCCUCGCGACUUUUAUUAGCAACUAAUUACUCUGGACCUAGAUAUUUAACAAUCGCGUUCUCGAGCGGCCAGCGGAAACGUAACGUAUUUCAAUAAUUUCUCGUUCAGCUAUUUCUUGAAUAACGAAUAUCGCUUUGUUAUCGACUCGCUAUAAAUUGAAAAUGCUCGAGAAGCUUGGAAAAUUCAUUCUGGAUUAGGAUGUUGCUCGCUGGACAAAUAAUUUCAGAUUACCUACAGACCAAAAAGAACUUUACGACGAUAUUAAAUUUUUCUUUUUCCGAUGAGAAACCCGAUUACUUUUUCUAUCGAAUCCCGUAGAAACCGUCUCUAGAGCACGUAUAAUACAUAUAUGUAUGUCGGAUGCGAGCGAACUCGCUGACCGUGAAAAGAAUGAAAGCAGAGUUUCAAAGAUUUCCUCGUUUUAGCGACGGUGUUCCGUGUACAUACUUCAGGAAUAUUUAUUACAAUGGGGCCGAGAUUGCUUUGACCUAGCCGUGAUACGGCGCGCAAGCGCAUGCACCAUAGGAACAGGUAUACGCGUACAGCGAACAUUGAAAACGGAAGCAAUACGCGCGAAUAACGCGUGCAACCAACGCCGCACUCUCAACGAAUCGCUAUUCGCGAGAAACGGACCGACUCGUUCGUUUCGAUCGAUCACGCGAUCAGAAAGAAACAUUCGAAUGACGCGUAACGAGUUUCGUCGGAGCGUCGAAAAGACGUUCAACGAAGCGAAUAUGUACAGGUUGUUAAGAAACUGACGAUCAUGGCUUCGUUAACUUGUUCACUGCCAUAGAAUAAUUCAAAAAUAUGCGUUACUGUUACGCGAACGAUACAAAAAUAACAAAUUCGAAAGUUCGAUCUGGAAACGUAAGAAAAGCGCUCAAUCACGAAAUUAAUUAACAUCCUGUACGUACAUCGCGCACGAGCAUUCGACGAUCAACGAUAUAUCUAAGAAUAUGUAGGUUAAUCCUUUCGUUGCGACAUCCGCUAUGUAUGAUAUUACUCGUUUCUAGCGUUAACGAAGGAAACCAUCAUUCGAUCAUGUGUACAUAAACUUUUUCACGUUAAUAUUCAAUUUUCGACAUCGUGUAUGUACGUCGUUUGCUGCGAAACGGUUAAUCUGUCCUACCAAUUACAUCGCGCGUUAAUUGCUACGUUUUGCCGAUCGAUAAAUUAUUCUUAAUAACGUCUGUCUGGUCGAAUGACGAGUCAGGUAAAGAGAAACUCGACUGAUCCUUCUAGAGGCGAAUGCGACAAAAAAUGCGAACGUUUCGCAGAAAAUUAUACGAAAAUUACGAUUAACCCUUUCUCUACGAUAAAGUUUACGUUCGAGCACCUAUUUCUUUCGCGAAAUCUAUCGUUCCUAUACGAAUCAUUUAAACGGAUAAAAAUGAUAUCGAUAGCGUUAAAAUAUGAAUCGCUCGGUUAAAUAUUUAUCGUGUUAGAAAUAUUUUUGAAGCUUAAAUAAAUAGAGAUAGAUUCAGCUGAUGAUCAUUAUAACGGUCUUUCGCGCGUAACGAUAAGAUUUACGAUAGACCGGUGUAGCGAGCUGUCGUAGCGGAAGGGUUAAGGAGAUCAAUUUUGCUCACGAAAUCCAGCUGCUUUCUUCUUCAUCUUCCUCCUCCGUUUCGCCUUCGCUACACGAGCCGGCCGAGCGCAGCUGGGUUUAGGAUCGGAAGGAUCUGAUUAAAUUGCUUCUAUAAGCAAAAGUAUCCGCAGGUGCGACACUGGCUUCCGCCAGAAAAUGCAUGUUCUACGAUCGACAAUUUUUUAUGACGGCUUUGUUCGUCCGGAAAUAUUAUUCUUAUUUUCAAAAUUUCCUACCGCCGGUAAUUUAUUGAUCGUACUUAAAACACUGGUAAUUGAUUUUCUCGUUUAACGCUUCAAUUUGCCUUCUGUUAACGUUUCUCGAUUAUUGGACCAAAUGAACGAUUUCACAGUCGAUAUCGCGUUAUAAUUGCAAUUAGAAAAUUAAUCGUUUUACGGCGUUUGUUAAGUAAAACUUUCAUAAGCGUAAACAGAAGCGCAUGACCGUCAAAAUGAUAAACUAUUUUUACGGUAACUCUACUUGGAAAAUAACGAAUUUUUUCCUUUUCUUAUAUUCGGAUCGACGCGACAGAUUAAUUUGCAUUCUGGCCCUAUCUUUACCUGUACACGUAUUUCAAAUUAUUUCAACGAAAAUAAGUCGGCUAGUGCCCGCCCCGAGAUAGUCGAAGAGCCAAUUUUUUAAAUAUUUAUACCGUAAUCCACGACAAAUAUACUGAAAGUGUAUUAAUAGCCGUAAAUAUCCGAUCGAAUCGAGCCACCAUCAGGAAAAAACGAAAUAUUUCAUUCUGUAACACAUGUAGACGAGAAUCCAUCGGUUAGCAAUAUGUUUACAAUCAAAACGGUUUGAAUUUUUCCCACAUACUACACAUUUUCGUGAAACUGUGUGUAUCGUAUAAAUAAGGGACACGUUCAACGAUAAAAUAAACAAAGCGGUAAUUAGACGACGAAUAUUUGGACAAAUAUGUACUUUGUUAAUGGAUUUAAAAAUACAGUUUUGUUUCAGUUUCGAGUAUUUAUACGUUUAUUGCUGAAAACAUUCGCUGCACGAUAUGCACAUAAUAUUAUAUUUUAUACAAAUAGAUAUCGUAAGUAAUCUGUCUUUAUCUGAAUUGCAAACAUAUUGUUAUUUUAUAUUUAAGAAGCAUCAACUUUUCUUCAGCAUCUGACUAUUCGUUUAUUUCAGCUGUUUACUUGAUUGCAUAAAGAACUGUAUCGCGAUGUAAAGUGAACGAUAACAAGUAUUAAUCCUGGUGGAAUAAUUAUUUCUCGAAUAGAUAGAGAAGUUAGUGGCCGUUUUUACGAUAGGAAAAGUUUUGCAUUCGCAAAUAUAAGUUGGUUCUGUAAAUUGUAUACUUAAUUGGUUAAGAUCCUGUACAUAUACGAAGCUCGACGAGAACGAUGAAUCUUAAAACAGAAAAGUAUUAUAAAAUAUAGAUAUACGUACAUAUAUAUAUAUUAUAUAAUAUUAUAAUUAACGUAAAUGAUGUAAUUAUCCGUUGGUACAUAUCGCACUUAAAAUUUGUAGCAAUUAAAGAAGAGACGGUUCGGGGACGUGAAAUUGGUUGAAAAAAGUGUCGACGGAAAGAACAGAUUGGCCCAUGAGAAGGAUCGAAAAGUGUCGUAGCGAAUUACGAAAGGAAACGACGCGAUCGAAAUAUCGGUUGGAAACGAAAUUCGACAAGAAUCCUGUACGAACUUGGUUUCGUUUAACGCGUUUCGAUCGUUACUGGAAUUAAACCGAAUAACUCGAAAUACCAUCGAAAUUACAACGUUCCUGAUGUUAUACAUUUCGCGAUGUUAGAAACAUCGAUUCCGUUGCAUCGCGAACGAUCACUGCCAACCCUCUUAGACGAUGUUUCUAUCGAAAUUCAUGGCUCGAGAUCUUUUGUAAAUUUUCUACCCGCGGGACGAGAAAAUCUUGUCGAUUUUCAUUUCCGCGGGAUCAUUGCGAACAAUUUUCAAAAUAACGCAAACUUUCAUGAGAUUUCAAAGAGGAGAAAAAAGUGUAUCGAAGCACGAAUUGGUUUGUUGUCCUUUUCGAGCCGAAUGUACAGUUCAAAGGGUAUAUCAAAAGAGAUGAAGCGAGUGAAAAAAAUGUGCCGUGUGAGUGUAUACAAGAAUGAAAGAGCGCGUGCGAGAGAAAGAGAGAGAGAGAGAGAGAGAAUAGUUAUAUCGAGUGGAGAAUGGAUGGCUUGUAGUAAGAUUUGUAAAUGCAGAGACGAUA